UCGACAGAAUGGUCACGAUGUCUGGUUCAUAAAACACGUCCUUACUUCGCCUCUCCGCCAGCCUUUUCGACACGCCAUCGGAAAGGAUCGCCGAGUACGUUGACGAUUUUAUUUUUCCCCUUUUUUUUUGUAUUUCUCCACUUUUCACCAGAAGAAGAAGAGGAAAAAGCAUCAUCUGGCGAACUUCCGAAGAAAGGUUCUCCCAAGGCUUAGAGGAGAUCUACGUUAAAGGUGGCAGCCAUGGUGUUGAUUCUGGGCAGAAGGUUGAACAGGGAAGACUCUGGGACCAGGGACUCCCCUGCUGUCAAACGCAAGGUGUUUGAGGUGGAUCCCAAAACCCUAGCCUGCCAGGAUGUCUUGGACUUCUCCUCUGGCUCCUCCCAUUCAGAAGCCAUCCUCCAGGUGUUCAACGAAUUCCGCGACUGCCGUCUGUUCACUGACGUUGUCAUCAGUGUGCAGGGCCGCGAGUUCCCCUGCCACCGUGCUGUGCUCUCUGCCUGCUCCUCCUACUUCAGAGCCAUGUUCUGCAAUGACCACCGCGAGAGCCGCGAGAUGCUGGUGGAGAUCAACGGCAUCCUGGCGGAGGCUAUGGACUCCUUCCUCAGCUACGUCUACACAGGCCGCGCCAAGAUCACCACUGAGAAUGUCCAGUUCCUCUUCGAGACCUCCAGCCUCUUCCAGAUCGGCACGUUGCGCGACGCCUGCGCUAAGUUCUUGGAGGACCAGCUGGAUCCCUGCAACUGCCUUGGCAUCCAGCGCUUCGCGGAUGCCCAUUCCCUCAAGCAAUUAGCCAGCCGCUGCCGCAGCUACGCCCUGGCCAACUUCUCGGACGUGGCUCAGCAUGAGGAGUUCCUGGACCUGCACCGAGACGAGCUGGAAGAGUACAUCUGCAGCGACGAGCUGUCUGUCGGUAAGGAGGAGAUGGUGUUUGAGGCAGUGAUGCGCUGGGUGUACCACAACAUGGAGCACAGGAAGCCCGUCCUCAAGGACCUGCUGCACCACGUGCGCCUCCCCCUGCUGCAUCCCAACUACUUUGUUCAGACAGUGGAGGGGGACCAGCUCAUCCAGAAUGCUCCCGAGUGCUACCAGCUCCUCCAUGAGGCUCGACGCUACCACGUGCUGGGCAAUGAGAUGAUGUCACCGAGGACUCGCCCACGCAGGUCAACGGGCUUCUCAGAGGUGAUUGUGGUGGUUGGGGGCUGUGAGAGGGUGGGGGGCUUCAACCUGCCCUACACUGAGUGUUACGACCCGGUCACAGGAGAGUGGAAGUCGCUGGCCAAACUUCCCGAGUUCACCAAGUCGGAGUAUGCGGUCUGUGCCCUCCGCAACGACAUUCUGGUCUCAGGUGGCCGCAUCAACAGCAGGGAUGUGUGGAUGUAUAACUCCCAGCUCAACCUGUGGAUCAGAGUGGCCUCCCUCAACAAAGGCCGCUGGAGACACAAGAUGGCCGUCUUACUAGGCAAGGUCUAUGCCGUGGGGGGCUAUGACGGCCAGAGCCGCCUAAGCAGCGUCGAGUGUUACGACUCUUUCUCCAACCGCUGGACAGAGGUGGCUCCCAUGAAGGAGGCGGUCAGCUCGCCGGCUGUGACCAGCUGUGCCGGCAAGCUCUUUGUCAUAGGAGGAGGGCCGGACGACAACACCUGCUCAGACAAGGUCCAGUGUUACGAUCCAGAGACUGAUUCUUGGUUGCUAAGGGCCAACAUCCCCAUCGCCAAGCGCUGCAUCACGGCAGUAUCCCUUAACAACCUGAUCUACGUGUCCGGUGGCCUCACCAAGUCAAUAUUUUGCUACGACCCGGCAGAGGACUACUGGAUGCACGUGGUGCACACCUUCAGCAAACUGGAGAGCUGUGGCAUGUCAGUAUGUAACGGUAAGAUCUUCAUCCUUGGUGGCCGUGGGGAGAGCGGCGAGGCCUCGGACUCCAUUUUGUGUUACGACCCGGCCACAGGCAUCAUCACUGGCGUGGCAGCCAUGCCGCGGCCAAUCUCCUACCACGGCUGUGUCACCAUCCACCGCUACAAUGAAAAGUUCCAUAGGCCGUGACCAUAAACAACUAAACACACGCACACACACAAGACAAACGAACACAGUACGCACACACACACACACACACACACACACACACACACAUGAAUCCGUAAGUGCAAGAACUCAAACACUCCAUGAAAUCCAAGCUCUGCAAAUACACAUACUCACAGUACACAGACAAACAGGCACACAGGUACACUUCUUUACCGGCCUAUUUAGUAACUCUGACCACCUCACCAUUUAGAUUCCCUGAUAGCUUCAUGUAGCAGCAAACUUGGUGUUGGCGUGAAACGUAAGCUGUUGUGUGUCAUUGUAACGCUCACCAGACCUCACCAGUCUAAUCUUUUCUGCAGAACCUUGUCUUUCUAGGAAACAGUAAACGAUUGUGAUACGACUCACACCAAAUAUCUUUGCUAGUGCAAUGUGGGAUGGACAUGGCUGGCCUUAGUACCGCCUGCACAAAGCUAGGAAGCAACAGAUCAUUUGUGAUGGGUUUACAUGACCCUUACAAAAAAAAAAGGUAACCACAAGAAGAUUACAGCAAUUGGAUAACGAGUUAAUUUUUUUUAAAUAAAAAUAAAUUAUUGUCUGAUGGGUUACCAAAAGAUUUUUUUUUUUGAUAGGAAAACAGAACUUAGAUUGGAGACGUUUAGAAUAAAUGUAAUCAUGCAAAAAAAUGUCUGUUUCACUGAAUAUCUAGACUUCUUUUUUCAAAGUAACCCGAAACUUUUAAGUGAUGACGUCACUCAUAUUGCUGGGUUUGAGUAAUCACAUUAUGGUUACUGAGUUCAGCUUUAAACAGAUUAAUAAUCUAUCAUAUAACCUACUAUAUAUGGAAAGCAACCUUCCUAACCCUCUGCCUACCUUUCUGCGCUAACUGACAUCACCUGGGAUGUAUGUUGGCAUUUCGGGUUGACGAUCCUCAGUGAUCACGUUACGAUGGCAGUGAACAAACUGCUUUUAGGUAGAGGUUUGAAUAUUUUCAUCCCGCACAAAGCCCCGUGAGGCCGGCAGAAACACGAUCCCUAUCUGUUUCGACUAACAGAUGAGCGGUCAGACCAGAUUCCCAGCUUCGUACCAGCUACACUCCAUUGCUUCUGCAGUUCUGUAAACAUACCGUAUGUAUGCUCUUGGAAUAACGGCAUCUAUUAGAAAACACCCAAAUACGUAUAAAUAUCCUCCAUUUCUUGACUCCAUGCGGAUCAAGAUAUGGUAAACAGUCUGCAAGCUUUAUUUUUUUUACCCGCAGUAUAAGCGAUCUUAAGUAAACAGGUAGUCUAAGAUGCCCCCAGCCCUUGGGCCUGUGCAGGAUGAGGAGAGGAGAUAAGAAAUGGAGGCUGUAUUGAAACAGAGCCACUGAUUUUCAAAUUGUAAUCUGCUUUUUUUUUUCUGUUUCCCCUGCUAUCACCUUUUCCCAGUUGCUUUUCCGGUUAGGUCAUCCCCCUUCACUUCCUUUCUUCCGCAAAUCCAUUGACUUUAUCACCCCGUCCCGCCUCGCAUGUCCGUUUGGUUUGCCGCCGUUUCUGCCGCCAUCAUCACGAGCUUUAGGAUUCACUUUUUUCCCCUUUUUUUAUUAAACAAGUUGUAUAGAAGAUACAAUAUUCAGUAUUCAAAUAUAUCUGUCAAACAAGAACAACAAAUACAAACAACCAACAAUAAAACAGAAAAAAAAUAACAAUUUAAAUGGAGCCAGGGGGAAUCUCCAAGUAAAGACAUUAAAUAGACUGCAAAAACAGACAGUCUUCGCGGCUUUCUUAUUUUUCGAGUCAGUUAUGGUCUUAAUGUGUUGUUUGGUGUCAUUUUCAAAAACUAAAAAUAGGGGUUUAGAAUGGCUAAAUUUUGACUUAUGAAUGUGAUACUGUGCUAAAAUAAUCAGUAAAUUUACGAUAUAGAGUUCUUCACUUUUGUCGCUAUUAUUAACGUGAAUACCAAACAAUACAUUUUUCCAACAAAGAGAAAAGUCAGGGUCAUCAUUAUCGAUACUAUAUCGCGAUAGGUCUGUGCAGAAUUCGACAGUAUAAGGACAUUGCCGGAACAGGUGCAGCACAGUUUCAGGGUGCAAUUCACACAAAGAGCGUUUUACACACAAGUCUUGCUUAAACUGAUUAACUAGAUAGGGGUUUACAGGGUAGAAUCUAUGUGACGUUUUAAAAGCAAUUCCCCUUAUUUUAUUAGUAAGAACUUUAGGAUUCACAGUCGUACCUCCGUCAAACAUAAUGACGCUACGUCAUUGGCGUUACCGUCACACACAUUACUGAGAUUUUUCUUUUUGAAAUUUUAAAUUAUACUUGUUCGCCUUUUCUUUCUUUUUCUUUUUUUUUACAACUGUGUGUUGUAUUGUGAGUAGCUUUAGCAUGUGUGUUUACUGCAUAUGGAGAUGGGUUAAUAGGUGAACUUGGGGUAUGGGUGAUCUGAUUUGUAGGCUUUUGUAGAUCAAACUCAAAAGACUGCUCUGAGUAAGAGGUGUGUAUGGUUGUUGUUUUUUUACGGAUGUGACGUUCAGUAAUAGUACUUGGUCCGGAUGCAUUAUACCGACGAGGUUUCGCCAACUAGUCCCGGCAUAAGUAUUGCAUAUUCACAACUAUAACUUGUCACUUUGCUUAGCCUCGGACAGUACACAACUUAUAAAAACGCAUACUCUUCCAUGUUAAAGACAUAACUCGGGGUAACCAUGUAUACCUCCAGGUGUAAAUGUGUGGUCGUGUGUUAACUGCUCAGCAAAUUGGGGGCGCCUGUGCCGUAUCUCACACAAAGAGGGGGGUGGGGUGAGAGGUCACAGGGCUGACAGAGAGAGAGGAACUGAGUAACUUUUGCAUCCUGGUCAGUAGAAGUCGCCUUUUACUGCAGUUGGUGUCGCCAGACUAGAGAUGUUGCUGUGAAUAAGGUAAACUUUUAAUAUGUUUUGUGUCUCUAGUCAACUUUUUAUUUAAAUAUAUCUCCUCUUUGUUUGCAUAUUAUUGUGUUUUUUUUUCCAUAAUCAAGAGCCCCAUUUGUGCACUUUGACUGUUAUAAUCCUGUUAAAUGUAGUUAUAUGACGAUGUAAAUACGAUUUCUUUUUUUUUUUUUUUACUGUAUCAGUAAAUGUUCUUUGUUUUCAUGUGGUUGAGAGGAAAGGAGCCUGCCAGCACCUCCUGUUGUUCACUUCUUGCCAUGGCUCUGAUACUCAUCAACAAAUAUAAUAACUACAAGUGGAUCUGUUUUUUUAUUUUAAGGUUAAAGCUGUGUGUGCGUGUGUGUGGGUGUGUGGGUGUGGGUGUGUGUGGGGGGGGCGUCAUGAGUUUGCUAAUUGCUUUCUGUCAAUGUGUGUAAAUCCAAGAGUAAUACGAAGCAUUAAAUGAGAUUUGAGAGAUUAGGGCCCCCUUCAGUCAUCCCGUUGAGACACAAUGGCAAAAAAAAACAAAAAACAGGUGCGAGCGGUAAAGGCCCGAAACGACGCUCCGGGUUUCUCCGUAGACGGGUUCGGAUUAGCGUGACGACUACAGUAGCAGCGCGGGCGGGAAUGUGAAAACUUUGUAAAAAUUCCUCAGGCUCGCCCACGCUCCCUUUGCAGAACUUCGUGCUCAGGGAAAAUGAUAGGGUCUACAAGUGGCGACUGAAAGGAAGGAAAGAGUCAGACAAAAAGAGAGGGCGUGUGACAGACGCCCAGUGUGUGUGUGUGUGUGUGUGUGUGUGUGUGUGUGUGUGUGUGUGUGUGUGUGUGUGUGACUUCUUCACCGUGUUUACUCCAGAGGACACAUAAACUACCCCUUUUGCAACUCGUUGAUUUAUUGAUUCUUCAUUAUUAGCUAAGUAGCCGCUUCCAUGCGUCGUUCGCUUUGUUAAGAUUUCUUGUUACCCCAUCUUUUCCUCCUUUUUUUUUUUAUUUGGGUGGCGAGUUGUUGGAUGGUGUGUGUUGUUGAGAUAUGGUUGUGCUUUGACUGUCUGACACAUGCAAAUGGUCUGCCGCGAAUUAAGGUCAGCCUAAACUCGGAAAUGUGAUUGAUAUAUAUAUAUAUAUAUAUAUAUAUAUAUAUAUAUAUAUUGAAAUGUAAGACGAAAUAUAUUAGAUUCAAUCCAGGAGGUGAUUAAAACUAAAAUAAAAUGCAUCCAUGGGAAAGCUGUACUUGCAUGCAGGAUGGGGAAUAUCAUUUAACCGGUGGAAAAUGCUGAUCUAUGUGCCUUAAUAAAAGAACAAACCCAGGGUUGGGAUCGUGUAUGAUGGGAUAUUUCAAAGCCACGUUUGCCUUGGAGGCUCCUUAUGUAGACGAGAAACUGCUUUGACGUGUCUGUAUGUUGGAGCUGUAAUGGCUGACUUGUGUAAGUGAUGCAUCAAUAAACUUCGUACUAUGCUGAA